AUGGAGUCCCAGAUCCUUUCCAAACAGUCCACUUCUCUGCCUAUUGGCCAGUAUCAAAUGGUACCCAACACAGGAAGCCAACUGAGACCUGACAUUGUCAUCCGUCUUGAGGACCAGAAGAAAGUCAUAAUGGGAGACAUCACCAUCCCGUUCAAGAACAGGAAAACAGCCAUGAAGGAAACCAGGGAAUGUUCCUCUGGUGACGGAAAUGCUGUGAAUAUGAAAGGAAUUCUGGGACGAUCUGCAACUUUCCUGCUGAACACUUCAGAACAAUUCAGAAAGAUUUCCUGGAUUAGAACUAAAGGAAAGCGGGAUCUUGAAAAUUUUGUGGUAGCGAUUCCACGAAAGGAUCCAGAAGAGAGAUGUGAACUCAAUGACCAACUUUUAGCAUAUAGAGGGCGGCUGAGUGUUUCUAAGGACUGCAAGACGUUACAAAUCAAUAAUCUAAGUCAAGAGGAUUCUGGCCCAUAUACAGCACAGAUCUGGAUAGCUGAUGACAAAGAUCCAAUAAGCGAAACCUUUCCCCUGAUGGUAUAUAAGCGUUUAUUGGAGGCUGACCUGGAGAUUGUCUGUGACCCAAAAGAUUAUCGUGGUGGGAAUGGAACUCUGCAGCUGAACUGCUCUGCAGGCAGCUGGGAAGAUGAUGCGACAUUCAGCUGGGCCCCAGCCAGCAUGAGUGAAUCCACCGGGAGAUCUCUUGUCACCUGGCACAAUUUAGAAGGCAAUGAUUUGAACUUCACUUGCAAAGUAGAGAACCCUGUUAGCACAGCAUCCAAGACAGUGUCUGUCUGGAAAAAUUGCAGCACUGGUGUUUCAAACAACACUGGAUAG